AUGGUUGCCAGAGCUAACUCCUUCGCGACCUUCCUCAUUGUCGGCCCCACCUGCUUCUUCCUCGGCAUCCUCUUCUCGUCCUUUCCUUACGACUACAAUGUCCUCUGGCACGCUCCCCAGCCGCCCGACACCCGUGAUGUCUAUUUCGACUUGCUGGAGAACCACUUGAAAUUUCUGCACGCCUCGCCGCCGCUCAUCAGCCGCAUCCUCCACAUUGUCAUUGGCACCGGUCUGCUUGGCUUCGUCACAAAGCUGUACAAGCCUUCCGAGGCCAACAUGCUCUUUGACGGCGCUAGUCUGGUUCUCUACAUGUGCGGCGUCAUCGUCUACCUGACCAACAUCGUCAAGGGCCUGCGCAUUGUCACCUCGGGCAACUACGGCCAGGGCGAGAUUGUCGACUCGGAUCCCGGCGUCGACGCCGCCAGCGAUGUCGAGUACAUUGGCCGCGAGGACAGUCUCCGCGUGCUUGCCGCGAGCAAUACCAUCCUUGCCCUCGUCCUUGUUGGUGUCCUGGUUCUUCAGGCCGGCCAGUGGUACGCCCAGAGGAAGGAGGAUGCGGAGAUUGCCGAAAUGGAUAGGGUCGCUGAGGAAAAACGCAAGGGAAAGGAGGGCAAAAAGAAACAGUAG